AUGGAUGAACGAUUGUAUGGUAGCUUGGAAAAACUUCUGAAGUUGCCUACUGAGAUCAUGCAGGAAAUCGUUGACUUUACUGUUGAUCAAGGAAUGGGAGGUGAGAUGAUCAACUCUUCACGCUAUUUCCAUAGCCUGGCUGUACCACGGUUUUAUCGCUGCAUUGAAUUGAGAACGGCAAAGAGCGUUGCUAUGCUCAAUAACACACUGGAAAGAAGGCCAGAAUUGGGAUCGUACAUCCGCGAAUUGUCCUUUGGUGCACAUCGUUUACCGUGGGAUGAAGUUAGACGAUUGGCAGAGCUAUUAGGGGAGAAUAACAGGAAGAACAUUAAAGUGCUCAAGAUCAAGAUACCAGCGAGUGAUCUGCCAUUAGCAUUACCAAUCCUAAAGCUAUUCUCCCCUAAAUGCUUUGAAUGGUCAACCUCUCCAUGUUGGCAAAUGAGACCUGCAAACCUAUUUGUAGAAAUGUUUGCAGGCUGGAAUCGAUUGGAAGAGCUAACGCUGGAGAACUUCAGAUUUGAUGAAACGUUGAACGUUUGUGUGGAUCAAUUACCGAAUCUGCAACAUCUUGCAUUAAAAGGAAGAGGAUCAGAACAUUUACCGGUAGAAGUAUUGUCUACUUUGAUGAAUGUGAACAGUAGAGAAAGUACAAUCGUUUCGUUUGAUCUGGAGAUCGUUGAUGCAAAGCGCCGAUUACCGAUCGAGAUAGCAGAUUGUUCAAUGGAAAAACGUUCGACUUUGGAACAGGAAUUGUCGAGAUUGUACGUGGAUCCAGAGGCUUUACGAUGUAUAUCCUGGAUCUAA